CACGGGCGCUCGACAAUUGCAAUUUAGUUUUCUACAAGAAGCGUUCAAUACCGGAAUGGCAGUGAUUCGUGCGAGUUGUUUGUUGGCUGUUCUGAUGGCUGUUGCCCUAGGUCAAGGUCAGGCGGCGCCGGUAAAGGCCGAGGGCCGUACCUUUGGCCUCCUCGGCGGAGGAUUAGGUGGCAGUGUGGGCCUGAGUGCUGGAAUUGGAGUAGGUGGUGGCCUGUACAGUGGAUUUGGCGGAGGUGGCUACCCUGGCGGAUAUGCCAGUGGCUAUCCCGGAGGAUAUGGUGGAUACUCUGGCUAUCCAGGCUAUGGCGGUGGUGGCUUUGGAGGUGGCUACUAUCCCGGAGGCGGUUACUCCGGCUUUGGACAUCGUCCCCACCACGGAGGCUUCUAUCCUGGUGGAGGAUCCUACUACAACCAGGGUGGUUCCUACGGAGGCCACUAUAGCCAAUCGCAGUACGCCAAUGGAUAUUACAACGGUGGCUAUGGAGGCAAUGGUUUCUUUGGAAAGUAGAAUCUCUACCUCGCCCCACCUGUGAUCCACCUGGUUAGUUAAGUUAAGUGCUUGUGAUCCGCACUUUGUAGAUUGUAAAAUAAACGAAAUAAAAAAAAAUAAAAACGAUUCCAAAACCAG